AUGGACGAUGACAACGGCAAUUCUAUACAAAAUCAUGAAGUACUGAAAGAAGGUGCUGAUUCAGAGGCCUUGAAUGAAUUUUUUAAAACGCUUGAAGAGUAUGAAAAGGACUUCGAAGAAGAUGGUAGCAAAUUCAUCAAUAAUUAUGUCGUUAACGAGGUGCCCGAGGAAGACGGUAGCAACAAUGGAGAUGGAUAUACCCAUCAAGACGUAUUAUCGCAACGUUCAGAAUCCAGUACAAAUCCAAAUGGGCAAGACAAUAUCGCACAAUCUCGGCCACCAUAUGAUAUACGUACAAACAUAGACUGCCAAAAUGCAGUGGAUAUUUAUAAAGUUGAUGCAGAGGUUAACGAGUUGACUUUGAUAGACAUUGUAAAUCUAAAAAAACGGCUGGGAAUUGAGACCUUAGGGCUACGUGUGCCUAAACCUAUUGGAUCAUUCUCACACCUCACGGCUUCAGUUGCAGCUCCACUUUUGAAAAGAUUACAUAAAUUGGGUUACAGUGAACCUACGCCAAUGCAGUGCCAGGCGAUGCCGAUUCUGCUACAGGGUCGCAGUGCAAUAUUGAUGGGAGAAAGUGGCUGCGGCAAGUCACUUGCAUACGUUUUGCCCCUUAUUUGUCACAUGUUGCGCUUGAUUCGGGAUACCCAGGCAGUCGCUCCUAUGCGGUCUGCUUUUUGCAUUAUCAUGGCUCUCACUCGUGAAGUUAGCAACAACAUAUUUACGAUGCUUUCCAAAUUGAUGAAGUCGGUAGUUUUAAGAAUUGCGAUGAUAAGCUCGGGAUAUGACAACUACAGUCAAAUUGUUUCCGGGACGGAAUUCCUCGUGGUGACACCUGCAAAGUUCGGUGAUCUAAUGAAUCAACAUUGUUUGACGCUUGGUGCAACUAAGUAUGUAGUGGUGGAAGGAUUCGAAAAAUUGUAUCACAAACAUCCUAAUGAGGUAGAAACACUGUUGAGUCACAGAUGUGCCAUUAAAGUAGUACUGUCGAAUGUUAUUCUUGGAGUCAAAACGCUGGCCGCUUUACGGCUAUACAUAAAAGGCGCCAUUACUGUCAAAUACAUUAUCAAACACGCAUUGUCAGGGGCCAAUCUAAAAUGGAUUGCAUGCCUAAAGGAGCCAAGCCAUGUACAGAAGGCAACUUUCAUUGGCGAUCUACUAUCGCAUUUCCAUCAGCCUUUUCGGAUGGUGGUGUUCGCUAACGAAUCAACCAGUGUCGAAAAUAUCUGCAGUUAUAUCCAAAAUGUAACUGGUAAUGUCGGAUUCGUGCACGAAGCGGUGGAAAAAGAUAUCACUGCAGAAACAUUGCGACGAUUCAGCGAGGGCAAAUUGCAUGUUUUAGUUACGACAGACACGAUGUUGAGAUAUGUUAAUCUACCGAAGGUUGAUUACGUUGUUAUAUAUGACAUGCCUCGAACAUUAAACAAAUUUUGCUGGAAUGUUGGCGUCGCUAGUGCAUCUGAAAAGUCAGUUGUGUACAGCUUGAUAACAAAACAUGACCACAUCAUAUGUGCACACAUCUGUAAUCAGCUGUUUGAUGAAGGUUUAGAAUUACCCCGCGUUUUGGAUCAAGUAGCGCUAAAGUGGAAACCUUACCGAUAUUCUCGAUGCCACAGAAGGGAAUCUGGGGACCAAGAAAGAAAACACAAGGAAGUAGAGGUUAUGAUACGUGACCCGGCGCAAGUCGGUCACGCACAAGAACGUGAUGCACAGGGCUGUGUAACUUCAGCCGUAUACGGCGAUGUAACGAAAUAUGCUGAGGCACCCGGUAUACAACGAUGUUUUGAAACGCCGGCAUCGUCAGGCGAAACACAGAAUUACAGCGGCCGUUGCUACAAUGCAACAGAUGAAUUGCCGUCGGAUGACGAUGCUGAGAUGCCACCUAAACGUCAGCUGAAAAAUGCAUCCGGCUUAAUUAACUUGGAAAAACUGAAGCAGCGACGCCUGAGGAUGAUGGAGGAACAAAAUCAAAUGUAG